AUGUCCGCACAAAUAUUCAGACAGUCUUUUUUGGCUACUGAGAAAUUUGCCAGUCCAUUUCUCAUGUCGGCAACUCCUAGAAAAUACUCGUUUUCAAUUCCAGAUGAACUGCAAACGCCAUGUGAUCCUAGAAGAUACUCGUUUUCGAUUCCAGAAGAACUACAAAUGCCAUGUGAUCCACCAUCCUACUCUGCUGUCAUUAAGAUGCCAACUACUCCAGCUACGCCAGCGAGGAAGCCUGCGCCGAGCACAGCCAUCCCUUCUCCAGCUAAAGUCGAACGCUUCAAGAGCAGUGGAGGAGCACGUGUUUUGAAACUAUUGCAAUUGCGUGACACUGCGCUUACUGCCCAGGAUAUGGAGCUGGUAGACAGACUCAUGAGACUGGGAGUGCGUCUUGGUAGGCCGGCUGUUGAUCUGUGUUUGUCCUAUUUUCGUACAAAGGGAGUGAGAAUCCCCAGUGCAAGAGCCAGAGCUGUGAAUAGGUUAUCCGCCCGAGACGUUGCAUAUCUCGAUGCUGCAUACGCUGGUUGA